AUGAGGUUCGAGAAACGCAACCCCGUCGGGACGCGAUACAAGUUGAACCGGCUUUCAAGAGAGGAAGGAUUACCCUGUCUCUCGUGGGGUGAUUCGUGUUCAGGUUGCCUGGACAACUCAAACCGUGCCCCUAGGGCGGCCUUCCUCCCUAAUGAUCCCAACUGGAGAAGGCGCAUCUCUUCCGAGAUGGCCGAAGGGAUCGACACUUUGCAAUCCCUGUACUCGCGUUCGGGGAGGUCGUUUUCCGACGGCCCUUCUUCGAACGCAGCGGUUGGGUCUCGUAUUGCUCGGCGAGACCUAGAAAAUCGACGAUCAGCUGGGCACGAGGCUCCCAGCUGUCCCACGCCGGUGGAUAGCCACGCCAGCGGAAGCGUUAACUUGUACGGACGCCAUUCACGUCGCGGUGGUCCAGGAUACGCUUCAUCAGAAAGCGUUGACCACCGCUUGAGUCCAAUAAAGAAUGCGGUGGUGGCGGGAACGCCUGACCCGGCUCGAGGGUAG